GGGUGACAUUGAGGAUGGCCUGCUCUGUGAUAUAUUGGUGCGUGUGUGAGUCCCAGGACAGCGUUAACACUCGGGACCAGAAGUUGGGGAGGAAGCCCAUGCAUGGUAAAGCCAAGAGGAGAAGGAAUAACUACCUUGAUUGUGUUACACGCUGAACUGACAUGAUGGUGAACUGCUGUGGUCUACUUAAUACCAACAAUGAGCCAGUUCCCCUGAAGAGCAUUGAGGUGGAGCUGGAGGUGAGGGACCAUGUGGCGACAGUGGUCUCCACUCUGAACUACGAGAACAAGGAGGACAAACCUCUGGAGGCUGUUUUCGUCUUCCCUCUGCCUGGAGAUGCUGCUGUCUGUCACUUCAGUGCUCAGAUUGGACAGACACAGAUUGUAGCUGAGGUGAAGGAGAAACAGAAGGCUCGUGAGGAUUAUGAUGAUGCGCUGAGCGCCGGUCAGCAGGCCUUCCUGUUGGAGGAGAGCGAGCAGAGUCCAGAUAUAUUCACUCUGAGUGUGGGCAGUCUGCCUCCAGGAGAGAGCGCCUCCGUCAGGCUGGAGUACGUCACUGAGCUGGCUGUGCAGGCGGAUGACGGGCUGAGGUUUUGUCUGCCUGCUGUGCUCAACCCUCGUUACAAAGCUCAGGGCAGUGAAGUUGCUGGUGUGCAGGUGACCUCUGUUCCAGCCUCUCUGGUUCCCUACAGUCUGUCGUUUUCUGUCCGAGUGUCGUCUUCUCGUCCAAUCUCCAAAGUCGAGUCCAGCUGCUCUCUGGAGUCUCUCCAGUACGGCAACACAGAGCAGACGCAGGCCACGGUCAAGUUGGCUGCAGGACACCUGUUUGACAGAGAUGUUGAGCUGCUGAUUUAUUACAGAGAUGCUCACAAGCCAACUGCUGUGGUGGAGGCAGGACAAGCCUCUGCUCAACCUGGGAGUCUGAUGGGCGACCCAGUCCUGAUGCUGAGCCUGUACCCUGAGUUCCCCCAGUCUGUGAUGUCUUCACUCGCCUCACAGGGAGAGUUUGUGCUUCUACUGGAUCGAUCUGGGAGUAUGGGUAGUCCAAUGAGUAAUGGCAAGCGGCAAGAAACUCGAAUUGCCAGUGCCAGGGAUACUCUACUGCUCCUGUUGAAGAGCUUACCAAUGGGCUGCUACUUCAACAUCUACAGUUUCGGCUCCAGCUUUGAACACAUCUUCCCAAAGAGUGUGGAGUACAGUGAGAAGACCUUAGAAGAGGCCCUGAAGAAAGUCGAAUCGAUGCAGGCAAAUCUGGGAGGAACAGAGAUUCUGAAGCCCCUCUCAAAUAUUUUAAGCCAGACCUGCAUUUCUAAUCAACCUCGACAAGUUUUUGUCUUCACUGACGGAGAAGUGUCAAACACCAAAGAAGUGAUUGAUCUGGUGAAGAAGAAUUCAGGUUCCCACAGGUGUUUCUCUUUUGGGAUCGGGGAAGGGGCCAGCUCUGCUCUUAUCAAUGGGUUGGCCAAGGAAGGAGGAGGUCACGCUCAGUUCAUCACAGGAACCGACAGGAUGCAACCUAAAGUGAUGCAGUCGCUGAGAUUUGCUCUGCAGCCAGCUGUGGUGGACAUCUCAGUCACAUGGGAUUUGCCAACAGGAGUGUCUGUGACUGUUCUUUCGCCACCACUCACAGCCCUUUUCCAGGGUCAAAGGUCACUGAUUUAUGCCCAACUCACCGGACAGAGUUCAGAGGCAGCAGAGGGCUCUGUGACCGUGAAGUACAGCCUGGCAGGUCAUCUCUCUCAGAACCAGCUUCACUUCCCUCUCAAACCUCCAGAGGACAAUGGACUAACAGUCCACAGGUUGAGUGCUCGGACUCUGAUCCGCUCCCUAGAGACAGAGGAGAGAGAACACAGAGGACAGCAAGACGGAGGAGUGAAGGAGAAGAUGGUGCAGCUCAGUGUCCAAUCAGGAGUGAGCAGCUCCUACACGGCCUUCAUUGCCGUCAACAAAGGCAACGGCGAGCCUAUUAGAGGACCUCUGGUGCGGAGACCUGUUCCAACACCUGCUCUCAUGAAGGCAUGCGGUUACAGGAUGAGGAGAUCUUGUGCAAUGGGAGCAGCGCCUACUGGUUUACCAAUGAGAGCUUGCAGUGUACAAGCUGAGAUGAUCCACGAAAUGUGUCGUCCCACUUUACCAUCAGAGGGCGUGGGAGCUGGAAACGCACCGUUGGGUCGCUGUGUGCAGACUAGUAACCAUGUAGCCUCUAUGUCAAUUCUGGCUCAAUCAAAGCAGCCACCCAGAGACCCUUUGCUGCAGCUGGUCUCCCUGCAGAAGGCGUCUGGCUGCUGGCUGCUGGAUCCGGCUCUGGCUGCUGCUGUGGGAAAGACCAGCGAGGAGGUGGAGAACACAAAGCCUUCAGCUGUGAACCAGGAAGUGUGGGCCACCAUUCUGGCUCUGAUCUGGCUUCAUGGCUUCAAGAUGGAUGCUAAGGAAGAGUGGGAGCUUCUGGCUAUGAAGGCUGUGUCCUGGCUCCGUGCUCAGAAUGUACCAUCAGAGGGCAUGGAAGCUGGAAACACACUGUUGGGUUGCCAUGUGCAGAAAGACGCCAUGGGGCUCUGAGGAUUUUGUAUUGUAUGGGUGAACAUUUAACAGCAUUUAUUUAGUCUCACUUUAACCCAACAAUAAAGUCCUGUUUUAUCAUGUUUUCCAUUUUCAUUCUGUUUGUUUGUUUGUUUGUAAGCAUAUUGUGCAAAAACUUUUGGAAAUAUUUCAAGAAACUUGGCAGAAGCAUAUGAUAUCAGGUUGAUUGAAGAACCCAUUAAAUGUUGGUGUGGCUCCAGGA